AUGGAGCGCCAAAUCGGUCACCCAUUAUGGUCCCACACACCCUUUCGUCAGGUUUACAAGACUUAUCGUCUCUGUUUUUUCCUGCUGCGACUUCCGUUCUGGGCCGCGUUGUCAGCCAUACCAUUCACACGUCCUCAGCGCAAAUGGAGUUUCAAGCAGUCUUUGACGCUGCGGAUCGCCCAUGACAUCCUGGAUACGCAGGCCAGGAUCGGGGUAACCGAUGAGCUGACUUUGGAGCCCGGACCGGAUGCCGAACGGUUUCAGGUGAUGAACCCGUUCCCGUCCGAGUUGUAUCAGGGGCCGCUUAUUUCGUCGACUGUAAAGCCGGCCAAGAUAGCAGGCGUGUGGUUCCCUGCGAGGCCCAUCGAGUUGGACUGCACCGUUGUUCUAUGGAUCCAUGGCGGCGCUUUUGUCACUGGAGCAGGACGAAGCGACACCUGUGGAUAUGUGUCGCGCAACAUGCUCGAAUUCUCGCGCAUUGGAGCCGUGUUCAGCGUCCAGUAUCGUCUUUCAGGUUACGGAAUGAUGAAUCCUUUCCCGGCGGCUCUGCAGGACGUGUUGACUGCCUACCUUUACCUUACUCGAACACUCCAGAUCCCUGCGAGGUCCGUCGUAGUCGCGGGCAAUAGCUCUGGGGCCAAUCUCGUUAUUGCGUUUACACGCUAUGUCGAGAAGUUUAUGACCCAGACCGGGCGACCCCUUUGUGCAGUGGCAAUCUCUCCAUGGGUAGUUCCACUUCAAUCGUUGGAUGACGACUACGACCCAAAGACUCUGCUGAACCACUCAACAGAGUACUUGCCAGAAUCGUUCCAUAAAUGGGGCGCCAUAACAUACCAGCCACCGGAGGGCCUCGACUCGUCUACUACCUUACAGUACGUGACUCUGCUCGGAAACCCAUUCCCAACCUCCAUCCCCAUAUUCGCCACUUUUGGGGAACGGGAGAUUCUUGGCCCUGCCAUCAUGGCUUGGGCUGAGGAGAUGAGAGGCCUCCGUGGUAAUCAAUUGGAGUUAUACUGCGAUGAAGAAGGUGUGCAUGCCAGUCUCUUCAUCGGUGACUCCAUGGGUUGGGGUAAGAAUGCAAGAAAGAUUUCUGUCAUGAGUGGUGACUUCAUAGAGAAGAGCCGCACAACCUCAAAUCAAUCGCAUACACCGAGUUUUGGCGCACAGUAA